AUGUUUGACUUUGACGAGAUCGAGGAGACUGUUGAGAAGGAAGGUGAGUGGAAAGAGGGAGCGUCGGCGGAGAGCCCCUCGAAGGCUGGAGGAUGCGGAAGCCUCAGCGAUGCUGUCUCCGUCCAGAAAGUGUCGGAGGAGAUAAAGGAGCAGGGUGAUGGCGAUGGAAUGUUUGACUUCGACGAAAUCGAGGCCGAUGCAGCUCAACAGGCUGUCACUGAGAGAGCAAAAGCAGAUGGCACUGUGCCUGUGGAGGUGCGCUUCGUCUUACAAGGCGAGAAGUGGAGCCGCAGCUUUGAGGUGCCGGCAGGGUCCUCGGUGAAUUUUCUCAGGCGCGAGAUGGCGGGAGAAGAGGCUGAAUGGAUCCAGCUGUAUCGGUUCGGCCGACAGGUGGAUCCCAGUGAAGUGUUGAACAAGGCGGCGCGAUUCGACUUCGCGUUCCGACCGCCGGCUUCCGUGGCAUCGAAGCCUCCUCCUCUUUGCCCGGAGGCUGUGUCACCAAAGUGGAAGGGCCACGCAGAGGUCCGUGUUCACAUCGACCAUGUGCUCGACCUGAGCCACCGCUUUCCGGUGAAGGAGGGCACCACCAUCUCAGAGCUGAAGGCAGCGAUGGCUUCGUCUGACCCGACAUCAGCUUCUCGUCCAGAGGACUUCGAGCUGUGCAUCACGGGUGGUCCUCGCAAGCCGCUGGCAGGAAAUGUGGUCUUGUCCGAAGUCGGGCUUUGGCAACUGGACCUACUGCCGCCCUGA